GUGAUGACGUUGGCUAUGUCAUAUAAUACUUAUACUCCGUAGUUUCCAUCUAAGAUACCUGCGCUCUUCCGUUUCAGGCGUUACAUGGGAAACAUGUUACAAUCUUGAACAGCGAUGUCCGAUCAAGUUGCAGGUGAAGUCCUUCGCGAUGAUACUCUACCGUUCUUGGUAAAUUUCUCACUUAACGAAGAUUCAGCGUGCUUCUUCGAGCAAGGUGACCAUGACAGGGUUUACUAUUGGCAAGCUCCAUUUGGAAUGACUGAAUCUUAUUUUCUUGACUUCUUAAUCGAAGUCGUAAAUGAAAUCGUCUUGACUGAAGUCUCCAAUCAGGAAACGGGCCGAUUACUCGAGCUCCUCCUUCCUACUUCAGAAUUACUUCCAACGUUACAAAGACAGAAUCAGAAACGUAUAAAAUUGUUGAAAAGAAAUGACGAGGACGCCACAUCCAUAUUACGCGAAAACCUCGCUGGCUUUGAACAAAUAAUUGUACUUUACCCCUCCUUGGGAAACAUAUCAAGCGUACAUCUUCGAAUAGACGACGUAACAGAUCCUUCCGGGGAGAUACGGAAAACAAUCAACCAAAUUCGUCUGAGUGAAGCAACCUUUUAUGCUGAAAGCGAUGCAGAGGAUGAGAAGGAGGAAAGCCAAGAUAUUUAUUCUGAAGAAAUUUACUCGUCAGAUGAAGAUGAAGAAGUUGAGCGGGAAGUCCAAGCAAGCCCGGAGAAGCCUUGCUAUUAUCCUUCCCAAAUGGAAAUGGCAACGAUUUUAAGGAAACGAAUUGAAGCCAUUAUGUCCCAUUACCAUAACAUUUCAAGACUCAAGGAGGUCUUCAACGAUAUUGAAUUCGUAGUGUACACAGCCCGGUACAGAAUGCUAAGCAAUCAGACGGAGAAGAGGAUUCGCCAUCCUGACGCAGGUGUACUUUCAAAAGAAGAACUCGAGUCGUGCAAUUGUGAACGUGAUGGAAAGAAACGGAUGUUCAUGUACGUUCGCAGCGCGGAGACGGAUACGCAUUUUGAAAAACUUAAAGAAGAUGUUCAGGAAAAACCCCAGACACUCUUUGUCAUUGUAGCAGACGAAUGCCACUGGGGAAUAACCAAAGACAAAUGGAGCAAACCCUCUGCCCAUAAUCUUUUCAUCAAUGAAUGGUCCAAAGGCAACCCCCCCAAAAAUGUGAUUGUUCUACAAAUCUCAGCGACACCGUUUAACCUCCUGACGCAGAACUCUCGUCUUCCUCUGGUUCCGUGCGUUAUUCUCAAGGAAAACGUCUCUCCAACCAACCAAGCAGGCGAUCUCGUGGUCCUUAAGCAAGAACCUGACUUGGAGCGAGUAGGGGAAACCUCAAAGAAACUUGAACUUCACGUUGUCCACUGGUCAGAAGUUGAACUUAAAAACUUUGAGAGAGGAAUGCGAAUGAAACUCAAGUCAACUCUAAACAUUGACAAUUCGCUAUACAAGUACCUUCAACUCUCUACCAAGGGAAACCUAGGUGUCACAUCUGUACCAGAAGAGGCAACGGAAUUCCUUAUCCAAGGUAGCCACGGCAUAGUGACUUUGAAAGCAGAAGAAAAAGGAGGACGCUUGUUGACGGUCACCACGAAUACCCAUGGAAACUUAGAAGCCAAAAGUGAUUCUCCAGUACCAACAGAAUUUGAGGUUAAGAUGGAUUUUGGAGUGGAAAAGUACAUCCACCCGGAGGCCUUCGAGCUAAUUCAAAGAAAUAUCUGCGACAGAGUAACACAACAAUUUAAGGAAGACUUGAAGAACGCGGAGAAGCUGAAGAAACAGAGGGCAUCUGAGUGUAUUGAAUUGCAGACAUCGAAAGACAACCUGGCCAUCUCAUUUGUUGAAUGCAUGAUGCACCUUCCUUCACAAGAACUCGAGGAAUUAAAACACUACACACCCUUAAACAUUCAACAAGAAUUGCAAGCAAAUGGUUGUGAGUUAAUGGUACAAAUAUGGCACUCUCUAGUACAAGAACAUGAAACAAGUUCCUUAGUGGAAGAUCUAAUCCAGAGUGGAAAGGGAGAUCUAGGAAAGAUGAAAAUUGUACGAGCUAAAACAAUGAAAACUGCUGAUCAAUUUUAUUACACAGUUCAAUUAGCGCGAGAAGUUGCGGGUCUCAAAGAGUACUUUGAAGUCAUAAGAGACUAUGGAGGUAUUGAGAUUGAGAAGCAGCUUAUGAAAUCGUCAAAUCCCUUCUUUAAAAAGCUUCAACCAGAAGCUUGCACCUAUAAGUUUGAUUGUCAUUGCAGUGAGUUGAAACUACAACCUAGACAUAAAAUAUGUGUUAACUGCCAGCACGUGCACAAAUUGAUAACGCAGUAUGAAGACCUGGAAAACCUGGCAUGCAUACUCAUUCUGGUCGAGAAAGGCCGCAUGGGAGACACAUUUCCCCAGAGUUUUGACUGUCUCGACUUGCGACUUAGCUACGAUAGUAGUUACGAGUUUAAGGAGGGCUCGGCAGUCUAUCUAUCCAGUCUUAUUCAAGAGCUUGGAAGAAUGUGCCGUUAUACUCAAGUUCCCACAAGUGCGACUCCAUAUGUAUUGAUUGGGCGACAGCUAUUCAAGAGACUCAAGACGUCAGUUAAGACGUCUCCAUCAAUAAGUGUAACUUCCUGCAGUAAACCAGACCGGUAUAUGGCUAAGACGCCCCCGAUCAAAGACGCACAAUCAUCGGCUUUGCGAUGGCUAAACUAUGAAGCACAUAAAGACAGCUACGAUUAUGGAAACUCACAAACGCACUGCAACAGAAUCCUUCUGCAAGCCGAACCUCAGAUUGGCAAGACGGGAACGUACUUGUGCCUGAUAAGAGAAUUGCGACUGAAUAUUCUGGGAAAAGCGAGAGUUUUACUCACUUCACCCGCCACAUUUGACGAAGGUUCCUUUUACCAGUGGAAGCACAGAAAUAAUCCUGACGAGUCGGUUAUCACAGAUGUAGAUGAAUGCAAAUACUGGCAAUUUCCGUACUGGAAGACAAUCGCGACUUGCCCAAGCCUGCUCGACAAACCGGUUGAGAUGGGGAAGUAUUCAAUAGGAGGGUGCUUCUACUCUCAUGACAUGGAGGAAAAUCCAUUCAUUUUUCUGAAUGAGGAAGGGAAAACGCUAAUCAAGACCGGUCAUCAAAACCUUAAGACUGAUGAUUGUUCAAAUGGCCCCCGUGCUUGGCAUUGGUACCAUUUUGAAAAAUGUGCUGAGUGUGGAAGACUUCUACAGGGCAAAGAAUCUAAGCUGGAAAAUGUGGUGAUAGACAUUGCUGGAAUCACCGUCACUGUUACAUGCUCCUUGCCCAGCAAUUGUCCGUCAUUCACUCAACUAAAAGAAAAAUUAACGAGCAGUAAAUCUCUAGUGGAUGGUCUCACUUUGCCAUACUGGAUAUUUCAUCCUUCACACAGAGACGAUCCUAGGAAGUGCACUUUGAAUUACCACCACGUAAUGCAAGAAAACGGACGCGUUAUCAAUUAUGUCCAAGUUGUCGUUGUUCGAAAGGAAAAGUUCGAGGCCUACAGAUCCACCUGGGGAAAAGUACUCGUCAUUGUACCACUUCCAGAGGAACUACCCAAUUGCUGCCUUGGACCAGAAGAUGGAGGAAUUGGUUAUGCCAGACUGUUUAUUCAAAAGUUCGCAUUUUCUUUAGAGCUUGAAUACGUCUUCAUGAUUGAUGACAAUAUCGCCAUGAUGUCAGAAGCAGAAUUUUCAAAAGAUCACAUGCCUGGAAAAGAAGUAAAAGUACUCAGAGAUGACAGUGGGGUGAUGCAAAUGCGGCGAUGCACUUUCCUUAAGCCUUUGGCAAGUCUUCAAAAAAUAGUACAGGGAAAGGACACUCCAACCAUGGCUGACAGGGAACACGAGUCUCAUCCACUAAAAGAUGAUUUUGAAGCCCAAGGCUUUCCACUGUAUACCUACACUGGUCCUGCGAAAUUGUUCCGCGAUAAGCAACAUGGGAGCUAUGGUGUUCUUGGUCUGAUGAGAAGUGUCCCAAAAGCAGUGAGUCCGUUCAUGAAGACCCAGGUGUACGCUGUGGUCUUGCUCAAUGUCAAAAGUACUGUGGACAAAGGCGUCUUUUACCGUCCAUGGCCCUGCUGGGAAGAUCUACGCUUCAACGAUGAUUGUGACAAAGCAGGUCUAUGGGUUGUUAGAUGCAACCGUUACUCUUUCGUCAAAGUUCAGUACAAAGCCUGGAUUGAAAGCCUCGUCCUGCCUCAAGUCUUCCCUUGGGAUGAGAAAUGUUCAAUCGUGGAGAGACCAGUUGAAAGCGAGCUACCAGAAGCCCUGGAAGAGAAAAUUAUCCUAGAGCAACUUUGCAACUUUGUGAACACCAGUGGUCCUGACAAGUGUUUCAAAGAGAGAAUUGAAUAUGAUAGACUGGUGAAUAAAGAAGCAGCAGAUUCUCCCCUUCGUAUCCUUGAGCAACUUGAUGUGGGUAUGGUUGCAGAAGAAGAUCGCACCAGGGGAGUUUCUAUGCUGGUUCUCUCCUACUUUCCAGGAAAUCGUAGAAGAGAGACCUUAGAUGUCCUUGAUUCAAAUUUCUGUGUUACAAAGAAGAAAAUUGUUUUCGUUGCAAGUGCCACAGAAGCAAACAGGCGAUGGCCUCAAAUGACUGUGCAAACCAUAUCAACCAGGCACGGUAUUUGUCACAACGAUGAGAUGACUGAUAGAAACGCACAAUUUGCCAUUUUUUCCGCGGCAGACCCUAAGAGGCACCGUUUGCGUUGGAUUUUGAUCGAAGCAUCCUUCUCGCAUAACAACGACGUAGUUAAGACAGAAAUGGGCACAAAUGAUAUUGAGGCUUUUGAAAAAAGCCUUGAAAACAACAGUAAUGCGCUAACUCUGGAUGAAAGUACCUCGUCUAACCAGCAAAAUACAGGCAAAACGACGAAAGGAGUUAAGAGAUCGCUGCAGGAAUCCUCCAAUGACUGCCAAACAUUCAAAAGGCAAAAGAUUCAAGAAGAAUGCCAGAAACGACGUAACAACCAAGAAGGCGAGACGAUGUCGGCAGAUGGGACAGCGGUUAGAAAAGAGAGAGAAAGUAGUAGUAAAUCUCCCCAUUCGGUGAGAGAAGUCGACAAUUUAGCUUUGUUCGGUGGAGAAGGAGAUGCCGAAGUCGAAAGUAACUCCAGUAUCGUAAGCGAAACCCCGCAGUCUCAAGAGAGGAGACAAGAAGAUGGAUGUAACAAUCGCAAGUAUUUUGAAGGUACCAGUGAGGUCACUAAAGCUAUCGUCGAUCUUUGGAUGGAAUACAAGAAAAUUCCAGGGAGCGCUAAAAAGGUGAAGCAGGAAACAGGAACGAGCGAUCUUACAAUGGAAUAUGUAAAGAGCAAGCUUUCGAAAUUCACUCUUAGCCAGCUAGAAGAAAAAGAUGAGAGUGGUUACAAUGCGCUCUUGAAAGCCUGUUCCUUACCAUCCAUGAGUCCUCAUGUAAUGCAGUAUCUCAUAAAUGAUGCAAAAGUAGAGAUCAACUCUCGUUUGCCUCCUAACUUUGACAGGCACCACCCAGCAGGCGAAGGGUUGAUUCCAGGAAUGUCUGCUUUGUCAGUGGCUAUUAAAUGUGGAAAGAAAGCCAAAACGCUUCAAACUUUCACGAAACGAGGAAAAGAAAUUUCGGUAGGAACUUUUGACGAGGAGAGGAAUACUGCUCUUCACCACUGUGUUCUAUCCUGUUCUAAAUUUGCCUUUAAGAAGGUAUUCCCUCUGUACAAGAACAAGAAUUGGAAAACGAUGAUCAACGGUGAGGGAAAGAGCCCUUUAGACAUUGCCAAGAACAUGGAAUGGAGUAGAUUGAGCGAAGGUAACAAACAGACCAUUGCAUUCAUUCUUAAGAAAUGGAGGGAGGCGAGAAAUCUAAGCGAUCAGAAUAAACGCGUACAAACAUUUAAAGAAAUGGAGGGAGGCGAGAAGUCUAAUUAUCAUCCAAAUUUCUUAAAAAAAGAGCCGUUAAUGAAUGAUGGCUCUCUUGAAGGAAAGCAAGCCAACAGCCAUCAAAAUGAACGCGUAAAUACAUUCAAUGAAGAACAUCAGGAAUGGUCCACCCAAAUAAAGCGACCAAAAAUUGGUGACGGUUACGGCCAGCAUGUAGAAGAAGUAGUUCCUGGCAAAGCUGUUGAUGGAGGCGGAAAAGUUGGUCUUGGUGACGACUCCAGUGAUAACGGAAGCGUUAAGCGCGAUACUUUGGGGAAGAAAGCUGAUAUAGUCCAAUCUUUAGAUGCCGCCGCGCAUAUGGAUGGUACCAACAGUGUCACCGGGAUUAUCGUGGAUUUAUGGAGAGAGUAUAAAGAAAUGCAAACGCAAGUUGAGGAAAAAGGCAGAAGCGACCUAACCACAGACGAAAUUCAGAACAAACUCGAGCAUUUCUCAAAAGAUCAACUGGAUGCAGCAGAUGAAAGAGGCUACAAUGCACUUCUUAAAGCCUGUUCCUUGCCUGCUAUGAGUCCUCAUGUAAUGCAGUACCUUAUCACUACAAGAAAGGUUGACCUCAAUUGUCAGCUUCCCUCUGAUUUUGAUGUGAAUCACUCAGAGGCUAAGGAAUUAGUUCCAGGAAUGUCCUCUUUGUCCGUGGCAAUCAGAAAAAAAAAUGUAAAAUCAGUCUCCACGUUUAUGAAUAGGUCAACGUGGAUUCAAGUAAGAAGUUUUGACGAUAAUGGAAACACCGCUCUGCAUCAUUGUGUGAUUUCGAUUUAUAAAACUGCCUUUGAUAAAAUUUUUCCCCUUUUCAAGCCGCUGGAAUGGAGAGAGAUGCGAAACAAAAGAGGAAAGAAUCCUUUGGACAUAUGCAUUGAAAAGGAAGAGGAACUACAAAGACAAAAAAAGGUAAAGGGAAAAACCCUGGAAAAGCUCAGAGACAUGCGUAAGGAAAUGGAGGUUUCAGCUUAAAGUUUACAAACAUCAGCAUCCAAGCCAGAGGUGAACUACACCUUACACCCUUCGAUUUCUCUAAGUGGCAGCUGGUAUUCUUCGUGAACAUGGAUCGAACACAGCAUUUAUCAGGCCUCAAUGCAAAACCGAAUAGGGUUUCAAGAGGAAAUUAUCAACUGAGUUUCGAAACUAAUUUAGGGAUCUUCUCAACCAAUCAGAGUCGUAAAAGACCUAUGUGAUAUUUUCCUUUGUUAUGAUUGGCUGUGGUGAUUACUGUGAAUUUGAUAUUACGACACUCUUGAAAAGUGCUCUGAAACCUAUUUGAAGUUUUGGUAUAUCUGGUAAUUUGGUUCUCUGAAAUCUAGAAGUGCACAUCCAUUUUUGUAAUCAGUUCUCGAGUUUUAACUAGCCACUGAAAAUUUCAGUGUAAAAGGUGUAAAAUUUGUCGUUACUUUGUACUUAAAAGCGUUUUAAAGUACUGCUUGUGAAAAAAAUUGAAAUCUUUCAUUAAAAAUGAACUGAAUACUGUGUUUUAGAAACCAGCAGCGUUAGCUAUUCGAAUAUACAUGGCGAAAGUAGGGUACAUAAUCUAUAUCUUUUAAAAAUUUUGCAACUUUUUGGCUCUAAGAUAUUUUUCUGGGGAAUUUUUUUCCUUACCUACUAAUACGUUUUUAGUACAGUGAUAUAGUAAGUGUUUUCAGGCAAAAUAUGUUCCGCCAACAAAUCUUGAACAGUUAAAAAUUUUUAAUUAGUAAGUGUUUUAUAAGAAAGAACAAAGGCUUUGUGGAUACAAUCUAGACUUAAUAAACUUGUUUAGAAGCUAUCAAUUUGCGCCUAUAACUUUUUAGGUAAUAUUGUUGUAUGUUAUGACAAAAAAUUUAGAAAUUAACAUAUGAGAAAAAUUAAGAAUUUUCCAAUAAUACACUUGUAGUGCAAAACAGCACUUUUUUGUGAGACUAUUGAGACGUUAUCAUUAUUACAUACUUUAAAAGAUUUUCAUGUCUUGUAUAUUUUCUUUGAUUUUUAAGCAUUUUUCAAAACAUAAAAGCUGUUAAAAGUUGUCAUUAAAGUGGAAAAAAUAUUUGA